GUUGGUCUGCUGACCGUAGUAGAGCUCUGGAAGGGGAAUGGUGGUGGAGAAGAUCAGACAGGUAGGAGGGGGCCAGACCAUGGAGAGAUUUAUACACAGUCAAGAGGAGUUUGAAAUUGAUGCAGUAGCGGAUGGGGAGCCAGUGGAGUGAAGCCAGAACUGGGGUGAUAUGUGUUCCCAAGUGUUACUGUGGCUGUCAGUGUGGGAAUUCCAUCAUUAUUGUAGGCUGUCUACAAUUAAUAAUAUUAUGGGAUAAAUAUAUUGUUUCUACUCUUUUAAUUGAGUGUUAAAUGAGAACAGUUGUAAUUAACCCAAGGUAUGUAUUGAAGGUGUCUGACAUUCUGCAGCGUGAAAGUGUCACCACAUGUUGAUCAGUAAUAUCACAGGGCCAUCUAGUGGUUAAACUCAAAACUGCAAAAACACGUUAGUUUUCAGUACAGCAGCUGUUCACUUCAUUCUCACAUGUAAGGGCGCCAUGUCUGCACUUGUGACCACUGAACACACCAACAGAUCUGGAGAAAUGGACAGAGAGAAGGCUCUCUCCAGCAGUGAUUCCCCUCCAGAUAAGGCUGAUCGCCUGAGUGAAACACCCAGUAUGGAGACCCUCGAGGAAGUUCUGCAUGGUGGACAACUUUCCUGUAAUCAUGUGGAUGAAGUGUGGCCUAACCUGUUUUUAGGGGACAUGUACAUGUCCCAUGACCGGUACAGUUUGUGGGCCCUGGGGAUCACACAUGUGCUGAAUGCAGCUCAUGGGAAAAUGUGCUGCAAGGGCACUGAUGACUUCUAUGGCACCACUGUCAGCUAUUAUGGAGUGCCUGCCAAUGAUCUGCCGACCUUCGACCUUUCACCUUUCUUCUACCCAGCUGCACAGUUCAUUCACCAGGCCCUAAGCAAGCCCAGUGCCAAGGUGUUUGUGCACUGCGCAGUGGGCGUGAGCCGGUCGGCUGCGCUAGUCCUGGCGUACCUCAUGAUCCACCAUAACUACACACUGCUUAACGCCAUCCUGCGGGUGAAGGAGAACCGCUGGAUCUUCCCUAAUCGCGGCUUCCUCAGACAGCUUCAGUCGUUGGAUGGACGCCUGUGGAGAGAGAGGACUGAUCAGUCACACGAUGAAUGUUUACGUACAAAUGAGACAGGCAUUUCACUGUGAGAAAGAUAGAA